AAAAAAACAACAACUUCUAGGGUUUCUUGAUUAUAUCACCGAUGGCUUCUAAGGCAGCUCUCAUCAUUCUCUUCAAUGUCCUGUUCUUCACUUUGGUGAGUUCCACUUCCGUCCCAUGCCCGCCCCCUCCGACCAAGACCCACCACAAGAAAUACCCACCCGUACCUACCCACAAGGCCACUUGCCCGAGAGACGCUCUUAAGCUUAAGGUAUGUGCCAAUGUGUUGAACCUUGUCAAGGUCUCUCUCCCGCCGCAGUCCAACUGCUGCGCCCUUAUCAAGGAUCUCGUCGAUCUUGAAGCCGCCGCCUGUCUCUGCACCGCUCUUAAGGCUAAUGUCUUGGGCAUUAAGUUGAACGUUCCGGUCUCACUGAGCCUUGUGUUGAACCACUGCGGCAAGAAGGUUCCCUCCGGUUUCCAAUGUGCUUAGAUUUGAUUGAACAAUCAUUCUGUUAUUCCUUUUGAUCGAUGUUUGAAAUUUGAGCUUGUUUAUUUCUUCAACCGUUCUAUCUUAUUGUGUUGUACUGCGCUAUAUAUUGCCGAUUGUUUGAAGAAUAAGUUAUUUAUCGUUGUUAGUUAUAUCUUGUGAGAUCCUUUCUUGAUUUACGUUUAUGAGGAGAUUACCAUGUUCUUGAUUUA